CUCAGAGAACACUGAGUAUGUCAGUCUUGAGGUGGUGUGUGUCUCCCUGCGGUCCCGUGUUUCCAGACAAACUUUAGAGUUGGUGCAGCAUUAGUAGACUACAGGCCAGAGUUGACAUCGAUCAGCAAUAAUUUGCCGAGGCUUUUUUUGUUUUUGAAACUUUUCCUUCCUUAUAUAACUUAUUUGUUUAUUCAUCCACUUUCUGCAAUGUCUUCUAACUGUAACAACAGCGUAGGCCUUAACUGCCCUAUUCCCAGUCGCGUUGAGCAGUCGAAAGACUGGUCUCAGCUGCCCUACAGUCAGACGCCCGGAGGCACCCUGUUCUCCACGACGCCUGGAGGAACCAGGAUCAUCUAUGACAGAAAGGUCCUGCUGGAGUGUCGGAAUUCACCGAUCGCGCGCACCCCCCCAUGCUGCCUCCCCCAUAUCCCAGGGGUCACGGUGCCGGCCCUGCACCCUCUGGGCAAGCUGAAGGAGAUGGAGGAGAACAAAGACUUCUCAGCUGAUGAUGCCCAGUUUGUAAUUGACAUCUGAACCUACUCAUCCAAACCAGCCCUGUUGGAGAAAUUGUAUUCCGUUCAGACCACUGGGUGGUCUUUCUACUGGUCAGCGGACAGAACGCUCACUUUAUAUUCCCUUCUGUUUAAUCCUGGUGGAUGACUCAAGAACCGUUAAAUGCUCAGAGUUGAUCUCUGAGGCUAGAGGAAGAACUCUGGGUACAUUUUGUAAGGGUGGCUGCAGUCAGUCUGCUAGCUGUGCCAAGGAGGGUAACACAGAUUGUUCUGCUGCUUUUAUCUUGAUAUACUUUUUAUUCUGUACACUUGGUACUUUGUUUUUACAGGAUUAAUUCAUGUAUAAUUAGAUUUUUUUCGUGGGAACAAAUAUUUUCAUGUUGCAUUUUUAUAUGUGAUAUGUGGGUUGGCAGCCGAUUUAUGAGGUGAUCCAGAGAUUACUUCAGUUAAUCUCUGGGCUCUUUGACAGUGUGUGCUGUUCAGCUGCAGAGAAAAUAAAUGAAAGAAAACUGAAUGAAUGGAAAAAAGUUAUAAAGGGUGCUUUGUGUAUUAAAAUAAAAUAAUCUAAUUGUUUGAAAAGACA